AAGUUACUAAUUUAAAGUAACUUACCCAACACUGAUUAGGAGUCAAAUCCUGUGCAGUUUCAGAAUGUCAUUUAGGUGUUUCUGUGUGAGCCGGGAGUUCAUUUUUGUUUUGCUCGUUCACAAAGGAAAUUAGUUCCAAAAAACAUUUGCAACACGGUCCGUCAGUUUGUGGUAGCAUGGUAAUAGAUACUCAUAAAAUGUGUCCAAACCAACAGAUGUUUAUCCUUCAAAUCUGAAUCACACUGCAAAUUAAUUACCUCAAGCUAGACGCUGUGGGCAGAUCAGAAGCACUGACUGUGAAUGGUGAAUGAAAAACUUCUGUUUCUGUUUUGAGUUCAUCAAACACCUGAAAGUGUUGCUGAAACCGCCACACCAAUCAUGCCUCAUUAACAUCAGUUUCAGAGGUGCAUUCAUUUCUUAGACAGGUUAAAUGAGCAGAGUCAUCACUUGACAGCUGCGUCUGCCACUAACUUGGUUUCAACUGGAAAGCACAUGUUUUAAUACCACCUAACAACUUUGUCGCUGCCUUGCAAAAUUUUGUUGGUCCCAUAACAACAGGAUCCUGCAGCCAUUCUGCUUCCUGUAAUUCGGUGGUUAUCACUUUUGUUCGAUGAACUGUCUUGUGUCCUCUCGUAGGUCAGUGAAACACAGCAGGACGGCUUAACCAUGUGACUUUAGCUUGGUACAGCAGACCACACACGAUGCCUUUGUAAUGAAGAAGGCUGUCAAACUGACAGUGAUUCAGAACUCUGGUGUGGACGAUAUUAGCAGUUGGGACAAUGACUCUCAUGACAUGAUCCAUUUUAAGGACUUGCAGCACAGUAUCCAAAAAGGUGUCCCUCCAUUUACAGCCUGUCUUUGGUCCAGCAAUUGCAGGUGCUCCAUCAGUAGCCAGGCUGACAGCAUGGGCCCAGUCCACCCCGACCUUCUCCAGUUAAGAGAGUUAAAAAUGUCAUCGGCACCAAAUUGAUGAAUUCCUCUGUGACGUGUCUCUGAUGGUUCCAGCUGAGUGACACUAUGGCAACCGCAGCAUCUGAUACUCAUCCUCCCCGGGGACGCAGCAGCAGCUUUGAUUUCAUUCCACCAGAGUUGUCUGUGUUCAGGAUUGUGUUGUUGGGGAAAAGUGAGGACAAGAAGACCAAACUUGGUAACAUCAUUACUGGUUGUGAAAGUUUUCAAUACCAAAAACAAUCCCUAAAAAUGCAAUGUGUGGCCUCCUGUGGAGAGUGGAGAGGAAAAUCAUUAAGAGUGGUGAAAACCCCCGACAUGUUCGGUCUGUCUGAGGAGAAAAUAAGACGAGAAGUGAAGAGCUGUGUGAGUCUCUGUCCUCCUGGACCAAAUGUGCUGCUGCUGUUAGUCAAACCUUCUGAUUUCACUGAGGAGAACAGAAAAACUCUGAAGUUCAUCCUGAGUUUGUUUGGAGAAGAUUCCUUUAAACACUUCAUUGUCGUCAUAACCAACAGGGAUGAAAAUAGCGAAUCUGUAAAUGAACUCCUUAGAGAAUGUGGAGGAAGACGCUACAACAUGUACGAAGGUAACUGUAGAUCAUUAAUGAAGAAGAUUCAAAAGAUGAGAAAUGAAUCCAGUGAACCUCCCCGGCAUAAACGAGAACCAUCUUUAAACCUGGUUCUGUGUGGGAGGAGAGGAGCAGGGAAGACGUCAGCAGCCAAGGCCAUUUUAGGUCAGACUGAGCUUCAUUCAGUCUCCAACUCAUCAGAGUGUGUUAAACAUCAGGGAGAGGUGUGUGGACGUUGGGUUUCCCUGGUGGAGCUGCCUGCCUUGUAUGGAGAACCUCAGGAGGCAGUGAUGGAGGAAUCACUCAGGUGUAUCUCCCUCUGUGAUCCUGAGGGUGUCCAUGCCUUCAUCCUGGUCCUACCUGCAGGUCACCUCACCGAUGAAGACAAAGAAGAGUUGAAGACCUUCCAGAACACAUUCAGCUCUCGAGUCAAUGACUUCACCAUGAUUCUGUUCACUGUACUGUCAGAUUUUACUGAUCCAGCUGUUCUUAGCUUUCUAAAAGAAAACAAGGACAUCCAGGAGCUCUGUGAGAACUUUGGGGGACGGUAUUUUGUUCUCAACAUGAAGGACAAAGACAAGAUCCCAGAACUGUUGGAGACUGCAGAAAGGUUGAGACUGCGUAAAGAUAAACCAAGCUGCUAUACAAAAGAAACUUUUGGACAUGCCACAAUAGCUCAAGUUAUAACUGAGCGGAAGAUGACUAAAGCACUAAAAGCUGAACUUAAAUCCUAUGAGGAUAAACAGAGCAGAGACCCUCUCAGGAUUGUGUUAAUUGGGAAGACGGGCAGUGGAAAGAGCUCUACAGGAAAUGUCAUUCUAGGAAGAAAGGCCUUUGAAGCCAAAGCAAUCCAGAUGUCACUCACCAAACGUUGUCAGAAAGCAUAUGGUGAAGUGGACGGUCGUCCUGUUGCUGUGGUCGACACUCCUGGACUGUUUGACUCAACUUUGUCUCAUGAUGAAGUUCAUAAGGAGUUGGUGAAAUGCAUCAGCCUCCUGGCUCCAGGACCACAUGUCUUCCUGUUGGUGAUGCAGAUCGGCCGAUUCACACCAGAAGAGAAGGAGACACUCGAACUGAUCAAGAAAUUCUUUGGAAAAGAUUCUGAGAAGUUCACCAUCUUUCUCUUCACAGGAGGAGAUACACUGGAACAUGAGGAGCAGUCCAUUGAAGAGUACAUUGAAAAGGGGUGUGAUGAUUAUUUUAAGAAUCUGAUCUCAGACUGUGGAGGAAGAUACCAUGUGUUCAAUAACUAUGAUAAAGAAAGCCAAACACAAAUCAGUGAGCUGAUAACAAAGAUUGACACCAUGGUGAAAGAAAAUGGAGGCAGCUGCUUCACCAAUGAGAUGCUGCAGGAGGCUGAAGCAGCGAUACAGAAACAACAGGAGACGAUCCUGAAAGAGAACGAAGAAGCGAUGAAGAGAGAAAUGCAGGAGCUUGAAAGAAAACAUGAAGAAGAAAUAAAGACAGAAACUGUAAAUGACACAGAAUUGACAGAAAAACAACUUCGUGAAAUGAAGGGGAAGAUUAAAAAAGAUGAUCCACAGAGAAAGAAAGAAAAUGAAAUGAGAGAAGAAGAGGAGAGGAAAAAGAAAGAGGAGGAAAAACAUCAACAAAAGAAAUGGGAACAAGAACGGGAAGCUUUAGAGGAACGAAUCAGGUCAUCAACGAACAGGCCAGCAGCUGAUCAGAAACUGAAACAGAUUAGAAAAGAGAUGGAAGAAAAACGUGAAUCCUGGGAGAAGGAAAGAAAGGAGUGGUGGGAAAAACGACACGAAGAAAAUGAACAGAGACGUCAAGAGGAGGAAAGGAGACAUAAAAAGCUUCAAGAAGAGUAUAAACAGGAGAGGAGAAAAUAUAAAAUGAGGAAAAAACUAUACAAAAAAGAGAAAAAAGAAUUAGAGGUAAAGUACAAGAGAGAGAUGGAAGACAUUAAGAGGAAAUAUGAAGAGGAAGCGAGAAGGAAAGCUGAAGAAUUCAGUGAAUUCAUAAAGAAAUACAGCGGAGCUGUUCCUUUACAACCAGCAGCUGAAGACUUUCCUAAAACCUGCGCGAUCCUGUAACGACCUCUGUAACAGGAAACACACACACUGACACGAGGAGACUAAAACACUGGUGAUGAUUUAUAAAUAGUUAAGUUGGCUCAUUUUAUUCAUGUAGAUGAGGUUAUCAUUAAUGAUUAGGAAACUGUGACGCUUUUUUUUAUUUCUUCUGUUUUUCUAUAUUACAAAAUAUGUUUUGUUCCUUUACAUUCAUGAAGCGGAUUUAAACUAAUUAUAUGAAAACUUCUUCUUUUUUGUUCUUUCUUUUUUUUCUUUUUCUUUUUUUACAAACCAUGAAGUCUAACACUUAAUUACAGCCGCAGGCUCGAAAAAUGAAUUCAAUAAAUGCACCAU